GCCUGCUUGCCUGCUUGCCUACUUACUUCCAUACUUACUGCGCUUUCACCUUCAGCCUCACCUCACCCUCCUCGCGCCGCGCAUUACCUGCUUUGCCUAAUCAGCUGCUGUCCUUCUUUUUUCUUCUUCCUUCCUUCAUUUCUUUCAUUUUUUCUGUCUACAGCUCUCGUCGACACACACUCUCUCUCAGCCUCUCAGCGCGUGCUCGUGCGACUCUUUAUCCAGGAACCCGCACGCACGCGACCACUCCCCCCUCCCACCAUGGGCGCAUUCAAGCUGGUCCUCGAGCCAGGCGGCAUCGCUCUAGCCUUCACCGCCGGCACCCUCCUCAAUCGCCGCCGCGGCUGCUUCCCCCGCGAAGACGACGACCCCGCCUCCCGCGCGCCCUUGCUCUCCACCACGGUGCGCUCCGUCUCGCCCUCGCCGUCCGCGUCGCCCUCCCCGCCCCCGAAAGGCCGCUGCCCGGACACGGCCCGCUUCCGCGGAAACCUGUCGUCCCGCUUCCUCGCGCGCUUCCCCUUCCUCAUCGAGAUCUGGUACUGGAACCUGACGUACUGGGUCUACCAACUCGCGCGCGCCCUCACCGCGACCCUCAUCCGGGACAACGACGCCGUCUUCGCCCUCGCCCGCGCCCACGCCCUCUCCCUCCUCGCCCUCGAGCAGCGCAUGGGCAUCGCGAUCGAGCUGCCCCUGCAGCAAUACGUGCUGCACCACCUCCCGGGCCUGAUGCCGCUGCUCGCCAAAAUAUACUACUCGCACAUCCUGAUCGGGGUGCUCUUCCUCAUCUACACAUACACGUACCUCGCACCGCCUACGUACCAGCGCAUCCGCCGCACCCUCGCGCUCGACAACGCAAUCGCGUUCCUCGUCCUCUCCGCCUGGCGUUGCGCCCCCCCGCGCUUGCUCCCGAAACAGUACGCCUUCGUCGACGUGCUGCACAGUGCCCAUGCCGGCGCCAGCUGGUCGCAGAACAAGUUCCAGCUCACCAUUGCGGCGAUGCCGUCCCUCCACUUCGGCACCUCGCUCUUCCUCGCCGUCUGUCUCGUGCGCUUUAGUCCGCAUAGGCCGCUGCGCCUCCUCGCGCCCCUCUGGCCCGCAGCAAUGCUGCUCACCGUGCUGGCGACGGCGAACCACUUCGUGCUAGACGCGGUGGUGGGCGCGGCGAUCCCGGCGAUCGGCUGGCGCUUCAACAGGGUGCUGUUGGUGUUGCGCCCGCUCGAGGAGUGGGGGUUCUGGGUGCUGAGGACCGAGAAGCCGGAUCCGUGUCGUGGGUGGGGGGAUGUUAGGGGGGGUGCGAGGGGUGUGGGGAAGGGUGUGGGGGAGGGGGAGGCCGUCAAGGCUGCCGAGUGGCUUGUUUAGGUGUAAGGGUGUAAGGGCGUUUUUUGCUUGUUUCUGGGGGUUGCGUGGUGUGGUGUGGCGGGGCGAUAUGAGCGGCUUGAGCGGCUUGCAUGGCAUGGCGUGCAUAACUACCACAGACAGAGCAGACAGGCAGAGCAGAGCAGACAGCAGACCUCUGUUCCGUACAUACGUAGUUCCUUUUGUUCGGACGAGCCCCCUCCCUACCUGCCUACCUACCUACAGCAUAGGAAGGCACACCGGCCGCAGCAUCGCGUCGGUAAUCUAAUCAAUUGAUCGAUCAAUCAAUCAA